CAUGUAGCCCGCCAUGACUACUCCCUUGGUUGCAGAUUUCCCAGAACUGUCCCAUUUAACACGAGAUGACCUCCAGGAGCUUCUCGUCGACCCUGUGUACUUCCAGGCGAUCUUCCAUUCCCUUAACCAGGUCCAGUCGCUGUAUCAGGCUCAAGCAGAACUUGGAAACGCAAAUGAGACUAUAGCUAAGAACAACCUUGCUUUGCAGGAGAGCCUCUACCAGCUCAGGAACGACACGCGAGCUGCGUUCGACGAGGCGAACAGCCUCGAAGCACGAUGGAAGGAGAUUGAGAAGGAGCAGAAGGAGGUUUACCAGCGUUUCACCCCGCAAUUCCUCCUCAUGCGUCUCCGCCACGCUACCAUUGCGCAGGACGAUCUAUCUGAAGCGCGUGCAUCGGAGUUUGUCCAAGCGUCCUCUGCAGAACCAGUGCCUAUAGCCGCGAACGGCAAGGAUAUCGACGACUUCGUGCGCGAGUUCAAAGAGCUGCGCAAGGUCUAUCAUAAGCGCGUUAUGUGGGGCGAUCGCUGGGCCGCAGGACAGGUCGCUUGGCGAGACGAUUAACAGCACAUCCGAGCAGCGUCUGCAUCGCCUUUAAUCUUGAUCUCGGUCCCUGUAGAGCAGCAGGCGCAUCAUGCUGUCCGCUCUUGUGGAUUGAACGACAGUGAGGUUAUGCAAGCUAUGAACGUCCCAUAUCUCGCCCGAGAUGCCUCGGAAGGUGGACCAUCAAUGUAGGCCGUGAAUGGCACACGACCAUUGCACCGUAAACAACUUGGCAUGUGCUGUGAUACAUACGCCGUACUCAAAUCCUAUUGUGCGCAUUGCGCAAAUACACGAGCGACACUGCAACGCA